GGCAGCGGGCAUGGCGAUUAACGAACUGUUCGUGAGUUGCAGGCGAGGCGACCUUUGCAGGGUCAGGGACAUUGUGGAAGAGAGGGACUUGGAACUGAAUGUGAGAGAUAAAUGGGACAGUACUCCAUUAUACGCGAAGGUCCCCUGUAUAGCCGACAUAGGCUGAGGAUGGGGCAAGUGCUGUUGGCGAGCGCCUAUUAAGCCCAGGACAGCGUACAACGGUGUGCUGUGACCAGCACCACGCCCGGCUACCUUUGUCUCCACAGUGAUGGUGUUUACACACUGCACCAGGUAUUACGCUUGCUUGUGCGGCCACGAAGAGCUCGUGGAAUACCUUUUGGAAAAUGGUGCCAAGUGUGAGGCAAACACGUUUGACGGCGAGCGCUGCCUGUACGGCGCUCUCAGCGACCGCAUCCGGCGCCUGCUGCGCGAUUACAAGCAGAUCACGUCCCGGCGGAUGGUGCGCGAGUUCUACGAUGAUUUCCUGGAGAGGCUGCUAGAGCAGGGCUUCUACAGCGACGUGUGCUUCAUUGUGCACGGGCAGUCGUUCCGCACGCAUCGCUGCGUCCUCUGCGCCCGCUCCCCCUACUUCGCUGAGAAAUUCCAGUCAAAGUGGAAGGGCAAGAACAUAAUUUCUCUGAUGCACCCACUGGUCAAUCCUGCUGCCUUUGGCUCAAUUUUGCAGUAUCUUUAUACAGGUCGUAUGGACACGGACGUGGAGAACAUCGAAGACUGCCGACGCCUUGCCAAGCAGUGCCAGCUGCUGGAGUUGAUAGAGGAGCUCGACUCCAAGUGCAAGCAGGUGUACGAGUUUGUGUCGACAAAACCUGGCACCUGCGUCAAGGUGAUAACAGUGGAGGCUUUCGAUGCCUGUCGACUACGAGAGGACAUGGAGUUGCUGGCCGAUUGUGCCUUCCCACCGGAGUUGAGGGUUGGCUUUGGAGAGCUGCCCUUUGACUGUGCAGAUACCUUUCCAUCCUACCCUGAUGUCUGCUUUGAAGUGGAUGGCAACCGGUUUCUGUGUCACAAGUUGUUCUUCUGUGGUCGGAGCGACUACUUCAAGGCGUUGCUGGAAGACCACUUCAGUGAGGCGAGCGAGCUGCAGACAGAGCCGAGCGUGUGCGUGGUGAAGCUGCACAACAUCUCCCUUGAGAUGUUCAGCACCAUCCUCUACUACAUCUACAGUGACAUGGCCGAGCUGUCGAGCGAGGAAGCAUGCGAGAUGCUGCCCGUGGCCGACAUGUACCUGCUGCCGGGUCUCAAGCGGCUGUGUGGCAAGGUGCUAGCUCACAGUCUGGGAGAGGACAAUGUCCUGGUCAUGUGGAGGAUGGCCAAGCUGUUCUCAUUACCGCGCCUCGAGGACCAGUGCACAAAGUUCAUGGCCAGGAUCCUGGACAAGCUCGUGGAGUCGGAGGAGUUUGCCGAGACGGUGAAGGUGGACGCCGAGGCGGUGGAGGAGCGGCAGGAGACGGACUCCAUCCCCCUGGUGGACGACAUCCGCUUCCACGUGACGUCCAGCGUGCAGACCUUCAGCGCCAUGGAGGAGGCCAACCAGAAGCUGGCGGCGCUCGACGCGCUGCUCGCGCGGCUCGGUAUCGAGUGCUAAGACGCCCCCCCCCCCACCCACCCACCGAGAUGUCAAGGAGGGAGGAUGAGGAGGACGAGAAGGAGGAAGGGCCCCACCUCGUGUCGGCAAAGGUUGAAGGCUGAACGGAUGACGCUCGGCUCUUGUGCAUAGCAGAAACUGGCCUCCUGCUAAAGCUAAACGGCGCAACUUUCCUGCAUGCAACUUAUUUUUGUCGCGCCUCUUCAUGGUUGCGCAGCGUCCCGUGUCGAGUGCCCACCGCACCUCUUCAUCGCUUGUGUUUGGAAAUACAGGAGCGUGUGACCGAGAGACAUUGCAGUCAAUCGCAGGUCCCCGUGUCUUUGCAUCGGUAAUACGGUAGAGGCUAGCAAGGCCUCGGGCACAACUCCCCUUGCCCAACACUCUUGCCUGGAUUUCCCUGCCUAAGGAGUUCACUUGAGCUGGGCAGGAAUCGAGGCAAGGACAUGUCUGCUGAACCUAUCGAUGCCUGUAUUUUCCAGAUUGUAAAACACACCUCUUCCCUCUGCUAAAUCAAACGUGGGUGGCAUCCUUUGAGAACAUCUUAUAAGCUGGGAUAAAUGGUUUGUUAACAAAAACUAAUCUUGGUGAAAUAAGUAUAGGCAAAAUAUUAUGUUUAAUAUAAUCAAGUUGAGGGUGUGGAUCACCUUCCUGAAAACAGAUUAAUCAAGUGUUCUUUAUUAGACAUCUCCAUGCCUUCACGCUGAAAACUAAAUCCAUAAGUUAACGUGUCUUCAUAUUGCUUUAGUUACCCAUGUGAUCUCAUUCAAGUGCUGUUGAACACACAUUUAACGACGGAACAAAAUUUUGCAUACAGGUGCUCUUGCCUAUAAUAUUUGGUCAUUCAGUUGCAUCUGUUUAAAGAGCCUGACUGUGCUGAUGAAACCCUGAAGGUCAUAACCAUCUUGCUUAAACAAAUGCUUCUGGAAAAUAUUCGUCUGGAAAGCCAAUAGAGGCCAGUGGACUAAAUAUAUACAGGCUGCUUCAAAAAAAUGUUAACUCUUCUGAGAAUUUUCAAUAAUACCACUAGAAAUGUGACUCCAUGCUCUGCAGACCAAACUGGAGAAGAUUCCAGGCAUUGUGUUGACAAUGAUGGCGAACAAGUGUCGACUUUCAUAAUCAACGUUUUUGGGUUAGA